AUGGCGUCUCUAGCCCCCCGUCUCCUCACACGCAGCAUCCGCCAAACACGCAUCCGUCCCGCCGCCGUCCUCUCCACCACCACCCGCUACGCAUCAACAAAACACCCCAAAGCCUUCACACCACCCACCCAAUCCGACCUCGACGAACUCCGUGACUCGGUCCGUGAUUUUGCUCAGCGAGAAAUCCCCGAAGAGCUCGCCGCGCGCACCGACAAGCAGAAUGAAUUCCCAAACGAAAUGUGGCAGAAGUUUGGCGAAGCCGGCUUCCUGGGCAUCACAGCCGACGAAGAGUUUGGCGGACUAGCCAUGGGAUACCAAGCACACUGCGUUGUUAUGGAGGAGCUAUCGCGGGCGAGCGGUAGUAUAGGAUUGAGCUACGCGGCGCAUAGCCAGCUGUGCGUCAAUCAGCUGAUGUUGAAUGGCAAUGCUGAGCAGAAGAAGAAAUACCUACCUGGUCUGAUCAGUGGGGAGAAGAUUGGAGGACUAGCUAUGAGUGAGCAUAGUGCGGGGAGUGAUGUUGUUAGUAUGAAGACGACGGCUAAGGAGGUGGAUGGCGGCUAUCUGCUCAACGGAACCAAGAUGUGGAUUACGAAUGGCCCAGAUGCACACGUAAUAGUCGUCUAUGCCAAAACCGAACCCGAUGCCGCUUCCAAGGGCAUCACAGCCUUCAUCCUCGAGACCUCCACCAAGGGUUUCAGCGUCGCGAACAAACUAGACAAACUUGGCAUGCGCGGCUCCAACACCGGCGAACUCGUCUUCGAAGACGUCUUCGUCCCCCGUGAGAACGUCCUCGGCGAGAUAAACCGCGGUGUCCGCGUCCUGAUGGAAGGCUUGGAUCUCGAGCGCCUCGUCCUUUCCGCAGGACCUCUUGGUCUCAUGCAAGCUUCCCUCGACAACGUUCUUCCUUACACACAUCAAAGAAAACAGUUUGGCAUGCCGAUAGCACAUAACCAGCUUGUGCAGGGCAAGCUAGCGGAUAUGUACACAAAGUACCGUGCCAGUCAGGCAUUCACGUAUAGCGUGGCGCGCGCAGUGGAUGAGUCGCAUGCUAGCCCUGAUAUCAAGACACAGGACUGCGCAGGAGCGAUCCUGUAUGCCGCAGAAAGAGCGAGUGAGGUUGCGGCUGAUGCGGUGCAGUUGAUGGGUGGCAUGGGAUACAUGAAUGAGGUCCCUGUGGGAAGGAUAUUGAGGGAUGCCAAGCUGUACGAGAUUGGUGCUGGAACAAAAUUCUCCCUGCAUCGCCAAUUGAGGCUUACUAUAUAUACACCGCCCAACAUGCCUUUCAAUCCUCCUUCAUGGGUGCCGAAGCUUCCCUUCGACCCGCCGGACUCGAUUCCCAUUUGCGACUUCAUGCUAGAUGAGCACUAUGGCCGUCAUCCGCUCGGCUACUCGAAUAAGCCCUUCAUCUGCGGACUAACUGGGAAGGCAUACACAUGCUUGGACAUGCGAGACCGUGUUGACUAUCUCGCGCGCGGUCUGGCAAAGGAGCUUGGCUUCCACCCAAACGAGGCGACUGAAUGGGACAAAGUCAUCGCCGUCUUCUCCGUCAAUACGAUCGACACACUUCCAUUGGCAUGGGCCACGCACCGACUGGGUGGUAUCCAGUCACCCGCCAAUGCCGCAUACAGCGCCGCUGAACUCGAAUACCAACUGAAGAACUCUGGCGCAAAAGCCCUCUUUACCUGUGUCCCUCUAUUGGAGACUGCACGACAAGCAGCGAAGAACAGCGGUAUCCCCGAGAACCGCAUAUACAUACUCGAGGUGCCGGAAUCAUUUGCUGGAAAGAAGACACCAAAGGGGCUUAAGACAGUGGACGACCUCAUUCGUGAGGGCGAGAAGCUUGAUCGUCUGCCACGGUUGAACUGGAAGAAGGGCGACGGUGCUCGGCGAACCGCGUUCCUGUGCUACUCUAGCGGUACCUCUGGAUUACCCAAAGGUGUCAUGAUCUCACAUAAGAACGUCAUCGCCAACACAAUGCAAAUCACGACCUAUGAGAAGCCUUACAGAGACACCAUCAUCAAGGAUGUACGAAUCCAGUCCGAUUAUACUGAGAUCGCCCUGGGCCUCUUACCCAUGUCACAUAUCUAUGGUUUGGUCGUCAUUUGCCAUGCGAACGUCUACCGUGGAGAUGGUGUGGUAGUGCUUCCCAAGUUCGAGUUCGCAUCAACCCUACAAGCGAUUCAAGACUACCAGAUCAACUCGUUGUUUUUGGUACCACCGAUUAUCAUCUUGAUGACCAAGAAUAAGUCUCUACUAGACAAGUACGAUCUCAGCUCUGUGUGGUCGAUCUUCACGGGUGCCGCACCUUUAGGGCAAGAGACGGCCGAGGACCUUUCCAAGCUGUUCCCCACUUGGAAGAUUCGACAAGGAUACGGCCUCACUGAGACGUGUACCGUUGUUUCAUCAUCUUCCCCCGAUGAUAUCUGGUUCGGCUCUUCCGGCUCUCUGCUACCGAGCACUGAGUGCAAGAUUGUGACUAUCGAGGGUGUUGAGAUUACCGGCUAUGACCAGCCUGGCGAGUUGCUGGUCAAAUCUCCUUCGGUUGUGCUGGGUUAUCUGAACAAUGACAAAGCCAACGCGGAAACAUUCCAAGAUGGAUAUAUGCGUACCGGAGACGAAGCUGUAUUCAAGAAGGGGCCGAAUGGACACGAACACGUCUUCAUCGUCGAUCGUAUCAAGGAACUCAUCAAGGUUCAAGGCCACCAAGUCGCACCCGCGGAGCUUGAAGCACACCUUUUAACACAUCCUGCUGUAAAUGACUGCGCCGUUAUUCAGAUCCCCAAUGAGAAGACCGGAGAGGUACCAAAAGCCUUCGUCGUCAAAUCGCCAUCAGUCGGUCUGGAGGAGAACGACCGUAUCCUCGCUCGUGAGAUCCAGAAGCAUGUCGAAGAACACAAGGCGCGAUACAAGUGGAUAAGCGGUGGUAUUGAAUUCAUUGACGAGAUACCGAAGUCGCCAUCAGGAAAGAUCCUACGGCGGCUGUUGAGGGAUAAGGAGAAGGAAAAGAGGAGGCAAGCAGGUAGCAAGUUGUAG